UUGUUAUUUCAAGUUACUAAAUUGCUAUUUAGAAUCGUUAAUUUAACAAGAUGCCCACAUGCUUUAUUGGUAAUCUGAGCAAUAGUUAAAAGUGUCACUACUGCAAAAGGCUAUGAAAUCGAUACUAAUUUUCCUGGUUGCAUAUCUAAGCUACAUAUAAUGUAAAUUCUAUUCAUAUUAUAUUCAGCUUUUGCAGAUUAACUCAGACUCGGACGAUCUUUAAGGCCCAUGAACCUCUUGUUUUGCUUUAUUGCCACUUAAUAGUUACUGUUGUGAAUUAUUGUAACUUAUAAAGCCUUCUAGUACAUGAUGCUAGAUCUGAUAUUGAUCACAUAACUUUCAGUUUGCAGGAAAUCCAUUUUGAAAAUGUAUGCAUGUUCUUGAUUGAAAAGUUUUUGUACCGGUGGUAUUUCACAUUUUUUCUUUAAAAAUUUCCCUUCCCAGAAAGGGGACAUAGUGUUUUAGUGUGAAUUCUUCUUCUUCCGCUUCUCAUACUAAGUUUGUCCGGGCCAUAGCUUUUUUGUCUUUUGACAUAGACCAUUGAUAUGUGGAGACUAUUGAGAGAAAAUUAACGAUUGUAUAUUAUGAUCUCUUGUCGUUGAUAUUGAUAAUCUGUUAAAUUUGUUAUAACAAAUUACUAAUUUGUUAUAACAAAUUAGUAAUCUGAAAUAACAGACUAAUAAUUUGUUAUAACAGAUCAAUAAUUUGUUAUAACAAAUUGAUAAUUUGUUAAAACAAAUUAAUAGAGGGCGAAGCCCUCUCACGGCCCGAAGGGCCGUGAGAGAGGAGCUCUCCCUAUAGGUAACACGUAUAUACAUGUUUAAUAGGAAAAUAUAGGAAAAUAAUGAAAAAUUAAACCAUACCUAUGGAACUUGAAAAGUUUGGUACCAAUGGCGUCGGUUCGAAUAAUAGCGCGUGGACAUGUAUUUCUCCAUUUUGAAUCUCGUCUACCCUAGUUCACGACGUUCUGAGAUGUUACACAUAAAAUCCGUAAAAGCAUGUAAAUCUUAUUUUCUUAAUCAUAUAUAAUCACUCCACGAUUAACGCCAUGUUUUUUGUUGUGGUUCUAACGCUAUGUUUGUAAAUUUGCUAAAUAACGACGCUGAAUAUGACGUCACAAUGUACUGUUUACAUCAUUUGCGUUAUAUUUCCCGCGUUCAAUAUUUAGGCGGAUCAAAUGUCCAAAAUUAGGAUGCUUUGAUACAGCUCCGUCCGCGUGCUAACUUCGGGUUGUUUUUGUCCUGCUUUGGAUAGAGAUACUAAUGCCAAAACUUUUUUGCUUCGCCCUCAAACACGGUCACGCCGUAAAACAUAUUAAUUUGUUAAAACAAAUUAAUAAUUUGUUAAAAUAAAUUCGCAAUUUGUUAUAACAGAUUAAUAAUUUGUUAUAACAAAUUAAUAAUCUGUUAUAACAAAUUAUUAAUCUGUUAUAACAAAUUAUCAAUCUGUUAUAACAAAUUAUUAAUUUGUUAUAGCAAACUAAAAAAAAAAAGAUACUGCUGCGGCCCUAAGCAUAAUAGGGCCGCAGCAUUAUCUUUUUUUAAUUUGUUAUAACAAAUUAAUAAUUUGUUUUAACAGAUUAAUAAUUUGUUAUAACAGAUUAUUAAUUUGUUAUAGAGGGCGAAGCCCUCUCACGGACCGAAGGGCCGUGAGAGCGGAGCUCUCCCUAUAGGUAACACGUAUAUACAUGUUUAAAAGGAAAAUAUAGAAAACUAAUGAAAAAUUAAACCAUACCUAUGGAACUUGAAAAUUUUGGUCCCAAUGGCGUCGAUUCGAAUACUAUAGCGUGGACAUGUAUUUCUCCAUUUUGAAUCUCGUGUACCCAAGUUCACGUUAUUCUGAGAUGUUACAUAAAAUCCAUAAAAGCAUGUAAAUUUUAUUUUCUUAGUCAUAUAUAAUCACUCCUCGAUUUAAAACGCGAAUUGUACAACGUUUCCUAUGUUGGUUUAUUUGCUAAACACCGACGCUGAAUAUGACGUCACAAUGCACUGUUUACAUCAGUUGCAUAGCGUUUCCCGCGUUCAAUGAAUAGGCGGAUCAAAAAUGUCUAACGUUAGAAUACUUUGAUUGAGUUUUGUCCUCACACUUUAGGUGCUAAUAUUUCGGGAUAGUUUUUGUCCUGUUAUGGAUCUAGAUACUAAUGCCAAUAUUUUUUGCUUCGCCCUCAAACACGGUCACGCUGUAAGACAUAUUACCGAGCGAAGCUCGGACGGGUCGAAGGCCCGUCCGCGAAGCAAGGCUAUAAAGGUAACACGUAUGUAAAAGAAAAAAGUCAAAAUCAUCAAAAGAAAAAGAGAUAAUCUCUAUAUACGUUCACUGAAAUUUUCGUGAUCCAUAUGGGCGCCGCCAUUUAUUUUUUCAUUACCUGCUUCAACAGUUAUUCGUGUUUUAUUUUGAAUGCCAAUAAUAGAAGACUCUGACGUGCAAUUCGUAAUUUAAACACUCAGUUUGUUCAAAGUGAAUAGUAUAAUUAUCAUUGUAACAGGUUUUAGCAAAUAAAUACAUAUAAAACCGUAAUACGACUAAAUAGAUGAACGAGUUCAUGAGUUUCUUUGAAUAAGAAUAUACGAUAAAAUUACGGUUACUUUUUUACCAUUUUGAAUUUAUUGGUUAAUUUUGUUUAGUUUUAACGGCCUUUUUCAUUGCAUACGGAAUGUAUUAUUGUUGUUUAUAAUUGUUUGCUUUGAAAAAGAGAAAAAAGUCGAGGCUAAAUGUGACGUCAUAAUGCACAGUUUACGUCGCCUUGCGUUUUAUUUCCCGCGUUCAAUGAAUAGGCGGAUCCUGUAAAACUGUUGUCCCCAUAUAAACCCAUUUAAUAUUGAGAUGUUACUGGGUGUUUAGCGCAAGGAAAAUUUCAUUAAAAAUAUUUUUUUUUAAAUGAAUCAUAAUCUACCGUACUUAACGGAAUUAUGAUUACCACUUGGGACACUCCAAUGACCAUUACAUGCUUCGCUCGGUCCAACGGUCACACCGUAUACAUAUUAACAAAUUAAUAAUUUGUCAUAACAAAUAAGCCUUUUCACGAUAAAUCUCGCACAUGCGCACAAAUGCUUCCGGACGGCAACCUUCGAUCAUGUUUACGUUGGUUACAUGAAUUAUAAUGGCAAAGCGGGAUAAUUUGAACAAACUAAAGGUAAAUGAUCUGAGAAAUCUGGCGGUAGAUGUUGGCAUUGAUGUUAAAAGAAAGAAAAAAGAAGAAAUCAUUCAGGAAUUGCUGUUAAGUCAGACUGAAACUUCGAUUUUAACACCGAUCGUAAAAAAAUCUCCGCUAGUAGGAUCGUUUCAGGACAGCUUACCACCAUUCAACGUUGUUUCUUAUGAAAGUCCUGGUUACACGUCCAUCCCCACUAUAACAUUUAGUGAUAUCUACAGUUAUAUGAUCGAAAGACCAACAACAUAUGGUGGUACAGCAAGCAAUUUCAAGGGCUUGGACAGAUCUGUGAAGCACUUUGAAGCCGGUGACGUCCAAGAUAUUAAAGUGUCAAAGAUAAAUAGUUCUGUCCUAUAUGUCAGAGCAAAAUGUCAGGCAUCUAUGAGGAAACAGCAAUAUCAAGUUUUCAUUUGCAUCCUGACUACAAAUGCAGACAAACCAAAUGUACAGCAUGGAUACUGUCAGUGUCCUAUUGGGUUAGCACAGGCAUGUAGUCACAUAGGCGCCCUACUUUUUGCAUUGAGUCAUGCAAAAACUAAUGAGACGACUUCAGAAAGCUGUACAUCUCAACCAUGUAAAUGGAUCAUUCCUGGGCGACAAACAAAACCAAUCGGACCAAUCAGCACUUUGUCCAAGAAAAAGCUUAAAUUGGCAGAUACUGAAGAAAACCUUGAUCCACUCGCAGCUUAUGAUCCUUGCCAUUCAGAUGACAAAGACAUAAAUAUUAACACCACUCUGUGGCAGUUAAAGGAAUUAAGAGAUGUCUUUCCACAUACAGGGAUGUCCCACUUGUGGAAUAUACCCGACCAUGCCCCAGAAGCCAUAAAGGAAAUGGAGGUCCAGGAUAUUGAAGAUCCAAUGGUGACAAGGAUGAAAAAUCUUAUAUUUUGUGAGGAUAAUGCACCUCAGAUUACAAUUGAUCACGAAUUGGUUGAAUUUAUUGAGACGAGUACAAGAGGCCAGAGGACAUCAGAAAUGUGGCAGAAACUACAUAUUGGUCGUUUAACCAGUUCCAUAUUUGGUGAUGCAUUGAAAGCUGGACCCAAUCCAAAGUCUUUGAUCAAGCAAAUUGUGGAGGGGUCUAGUCUUCAGAAGUAUGCAUCUCUGCCACCAGCUGUUCAGUGGGGACAACAAAAUGAAGCAAAGGCACGCUCAGAGUAUGUCAAUCUGAAGACUGCCACAAACAACAAUUUUAAAGUUGAGGAUACAGGUCUCACUUUGUGCACAGAUAACUCAUUUUUGGGUGCCUCCAGUGACGGGAGAGUUUUUGAUGGUGACAGCAUAGGUGUACUAGAGAUUAAGUGUCCAUACUCCAUCAAGGGAACUCAAGUAACAACAAUGGAAGUGAGUGAGAUUGUUGCAAUGGGAUGUCCAAAUUUCUGUUUAGAAUAUAGUAUGGAAGGACCACGUCUCAAAAAGAGCGACAAGUUUUAUGCUCAAGUUCAGGGAGAAAUGGCAAUUAUGCGAUUACCAUGGUGUGACUUUGUAGUAUGGACAGACGCUGCUCAGAACAAUAUUUGUAUUGACAGAGUGUAUUUUGAUUCAGAGUUUGUGUCCUCUAUGAUGCCUAGACUUAUUGAAUUUUAUAUGCAUCACAUUAUCCAGUUACAGAGCUCCAGAUAAUUUCUAUUAUUUAUCUACUUUUAAGAUUUUUAAUCUGUUCAAAUUCUGUUUUCCUGAGAUAUAUUCAUAAGAGCAAUGUCACUUUGAAUUUUAUUCUCCUAAUGGAUAGAAGUAAUUCUUUUCCCAAUUCAGAAUUUGAUAAACUUCAUAAUGCAUAUUUCUGCAAAGAAUCCUCAUCCUUAAAUAUCUGAAGCUCUGAAGUUACAUUUACAAUGUAUUAUUUGAACUUAUUGCUUUAUAAAAGAAAAGUCUGAAAAUAAAGUUGAAAUUUCAUCAUACUUGUAUAUAUAUAUAUAUUUUAUGCACUUCUGACAGGAAAGACAAUUGAUUUUUUAAAAUUUGAUUUAGAUAACCACACAUAUCAUUGUUUGUUGUACAGUAUACAAAUGCCAAAUCAUGCAAUGAUCAACAUGCAUAAUCAAUAAUUCAUUAAUCAAUAAUUAAUUAAGUUUUGAAAGAAAUUAUUUCAUAUCCUUAGAGUUCACUCCUUUUAUGCCGACCAGCAACUCACCAUCAACAUAUACAAAGAAAGAUAACUCUCAUGUAAUGAGAGUGACAUGAACGUUUUCAGUACAUGCUUAUAAAGGUAUCACACCGGUAAUUAUUUUCACUAUAUAUUACUAUAGAGGGAAAAAAAUCAUUAAAAAGCAGUUUACAAAAUUGAUGUCGAAUAACUCAGUCAGACACGUUCUAUGUUACCUAUCUCAUCUGCCGACACCAGAAAAACAACACCCUACGCGGCAUUUUCGAAAAUAAAUUACCCGCAAACAAGACUACC